GCCCCUGAAGAAAACCACUGUGUUUUUAUGGGUCUGUAAGAAUAGAGAGAAGUGCCUUUAUUUCAUCAAAACGGCUUCCAUUUGUGAGAAAUGAUCUGCCUGGAAAAUGAACACACAAUUGGCAAGAGUAGUUUUACUUUUGGUAGUCUUCAUUAUUUUCGUAGUUGCGUACUGGAGUACAAAAGGACAGAGAAGUCCUCUACCAGUAUUCCACAAAAUUGGCCAUGCAGGGAGCAUGUGCCCUGGCUCUGUUAUAAGUAGUGUCAAGUCAGAUACUGUGAUAUGGACAACCCAACCUACUGCACGUUUAGGAAACAAAAUGGGGGAGUACGCAGUACUCUAUGCUCUCGCAAAGCUUAAUGGGCAGCAAGCCUAUGUUUUACCCACCAUGCACAAUGAGCUGGGAAAGAUAUUUAAGAUCAAGUUGCCCGUACUUCACCAAGACAUAGCAGAUCGUAUUAAAUGGAAGAUCUAUCAGUUGCGUGAUUGGAUGUCUCCAGAAUAUUCAAACAUCUCUGGACAAUACGUGAAGCUUCAUGGUACACCCUGUUCAUGGACCUUCUACCAUCACAUAAGAGAAGAGAUUCUACGAGAAUUCACUUUCCAUGAUUAUAUUAAGGAAGAGGCAAAUUUAUAUCUUGCAAAACUGAAAGGAGACCGGAAAAAUGUGACCUAUAUUGGGGUUCAUGUUCGCAGGGGAGAUUAUGUACAAGUUAUGUCUAAACUAAGGAAAGGUGUAGUAGCCGGCAGAGAUUAUAUGGACAAAGCCAUGGGCUAUUUCAGAAAUAAAUACAAGAACCCUCUCUUUGUGGUGACCAGUAAUGGCAUGGAUUGGUGCAAGAAGAACAUUGAUAACUCACUAGGGGAUGUUCACUUUGCAGGUGAUGGCCUGGAAGGGUCACCUGCCCAAGACUUUGCCCUCCUGGCACAUUGUAACCACACCAUAAUGACAAUAGGGACAUUCGGAUACUGGGCUGCAUACUUGGUUGGAGGGGAGACCAUCUACCUUACAAACUUUACUUUGCCAGAUUCUCCUUACCUUAGGAUUUUCAAGUAUGAAGCUGCUUUCCUUCCAGAAUGGAUUGGGAUUCCUGCAGACCUCUCCCCAGUCUUAUAAAAUUAAAGCCUCCAUGGUGAAUCUUCUUCAUGAAAGGAGGCAAUCACGAGACUUACUGUCUGGUUCCCGGCGGUCACAAUGUCGACGCCUGAAUCCCGACAGGUGUAAAAUGCUGCCACCGGUUUAGUGGUGCUACAGGCUUUUCUCCCUCUGUGGGUGUCCCCAACACCUAUAGAGGGAGAGAAUAGAUCCUGUGGUGAACACAGCAAGCCACCGUGCCUGCAGUGAGGUGAGUGUAGCGAGCCAGCAAGGUGCUUUCUAGCGCUCGCCCUGCUGCCGGCAUACUGGUGGCCGGGCAGCCGGGAUCCCAGUAAAGUAUGUAUUCCGUUUUAAAUACCAUGUUCUAUAAGAGCAGACAGGGCAUAUUGGCCCUCAUUCCGAGUUGAUCGCUCGCUAGCUGCUUUUAGCAGCAGUGCAAACGUGAAAUUUUUUCAUGCAAUUUCUGAGCAGCUCCAAACCUACUCCUACCUUGCGAUCACUUCAGUCAGUUUAGUUCCUGCUUUGACGUCACAAACACGCCCUGCAUUCGGCCACCACUCCCCCGUUUCCCCAGGCACGCCUGCGUUUUCACCUGUCACACCUGUGUUUUUUAGCACACUCCCGGAAAACGUUCAGUUACCACCCAGAAGCACCCACUUCCUGUCAAUCACUCGCCGAUCAGCAGAGCGACAGAAAAGCGUCGCUCGCCCUUGUGUAAAACUGCAGUUUUGUGUGAAAGUACUUCGGCCCGUACGCAUGCGCAGAAGUGCAGAUUCUUAGCCUGAUCGCUGCGCUGUGAACAACAGCAGCUAGCGAUCAACUCGGAUGAGGGCCUGUGUGUGUGUUUGUGUGUGUGUCUAAUGUGUAAAGCCUCAUUAAUUUUUGGUAAAUGUUUUCAACACCGUACUGUGCACAUUCAUCCUUGUAAUUACUUCAUAUACUUUAGGUUCAAUAGAGAAAUAUAAAACAUAAUUAUAACUUUACUCCUCAAGUAGUUCACCUUGAACUCCGUUUAUUGUGAGACUGAUGCAACUUCCUUGAAUUAAGGUCCCUGGCCAUGGUGGACAGUGUAAACUUCACCAAGAGGGGGAGGGGUUGUGAUCAGUGUGUUCUACCUGGGGUAUUGGAGGAAAUUGAGUACUCGAGAUGUCUGGUAUCGUAGACAAUGAAUAGAUGAGAGGUGGGGGUGCUCAGCGCUCACCUUGGUUGUGGAUAUAGUUAUGGGGAACGUGUGCUAGUAUGUGGUAUGAUAAUGCGUGAUGGAAAAGUGAAAAGGAACAAAGUAAAAUAAAUGAAUAAAGUAAAGUAAAUUGGCUUGGAAAAGUGAACAAUUCCAGCCACUUUAUUUACUGUACUUUAUUUCAUUACUUUUCGUUUUUCCAUCAUAAUACCAUGUUCUAGUACGUGUUCCCCACUCAGAGCAACUGUAGCCACAUAGCACAUAUAACCACAACCAAGGUCAGCACUGAGCACAAUUGCCACACACACACACACACACACACACACACACACACACACACACACACACACACACACACACACGGAGAAGGCCCUGCUCUUGUGAGCUUACAAUCUGAUUCUGUCUUCACAUUAUCUAAAAAAUAACAUAAAUACAAUUUCAACCUUCUCUCUACAGCUGCUCACAGAUCCUUUCGCCUGUUUAUGCUCGGAAUUUCAUCAUUAGGCCCAAACAAAGACAAGUUCAUUCCGACCCUGAAUAAUAGUUGCCAAAAAACAAUUCUCAUUCAUUGGACUUCUAGACCCGCCCCAUCUAUUAGUGAGGUUAAACAGAAAAUCUUGCAGAUCUCUAUUUUGAUAGACAAGCAGACAUUGAGAAAGGGGUGGUGAAGUUUUACAAAGAAAUGGGGUGCUUAUAUUGAUCACAUGAAUCCUAAUGACCAGACACCCACAGUAUAUUCAGGCUAUUUGAGUCUACAGAGUGGCAUUUACAUUGCAUACUCUUAAUGAUCAAGGAUUGUUAUUAGCUACGUUUACAUUUUCUGGCGCUAUAACACCUGACCUACUGUAAAAGAUAUUCUCAAGCAGGUUCCCCUUAAGAUACUUCAGUCCACCCCAUUAGGUGAUCUGAUAAAACUUCUCUCUUUGGGGGUAAUUCCAAGUUGAUCGCAGCAAGAAUUUUGUUAGCAGUUGGGUAAAAC